UCAUGCUUGUCAUUGUCAUCCAAAUAUUUCUUUCGCUUUGUCAACCGUUCCCAAAAAUAAUUUAAUUUACCUGAUUUUAACUUAAUAUUUGCCUUAACAUUACUGGAUACAUGGAAUAAAAUAGCGAGGAAUUAAAUUUCAGAUUUGGCAGCAAGAUGCAGUACAGCUCAGACGAGGCCUAUUCACGGCUCAUUAGCCACAACAUGACUGUGCCACAAAGGAUUAAGGCAACUGGAGAUGUUGCUGAUGAUGACCACGGCCCAAAUGGCAUGAUUGGCGGGUGGGACUAUGCCAAUGAAAAAUUUGACAUGAAGGUUCCUGAGAGAAUUCUGGUGGUUGGACAAGAUCAGCAUUUAGGGACCAAAGCCACACCCAGGGAGAUCCAGCUCGACAACGCCGUCCUCCCCACGGACCCCGGCAUGAUCCGCGUCAGCACCCCCCCGCGCGUCAUCACGCUCGACCAGCACUACUUCCCGUCAGCUGACGACUUCCCCCAGGGCAUGCCCAACGGACAAUCUCCGCCGCGGAAUGUGAGGCCCUACCGGUACCAGGGCGACGGUGCACGGUCCACCACGCCGCGCCCUGACUGCUUCAAUGACUCCACUAUGACUGAAUCCCGACUUGUGUUAAGGGACCCAACCCCGCCAAUGGGCACCGGCGAGGGCCUCUCCAUGUCCGAAGAACUCGUGCACCUGCGCCGGCAGAUCGUGAAGCUGAACCGCCGGGUCAUGUCCAUCGAAGCCGAGCAGCUGCAGCGCCAGCAGAAGGAGAAGAUCGCCUACGCCAUCGGCAUCGCCUAUCUAGUGAUCAAAGUCAUCUCCUGGCUGAACCGGCCCUAGUUCUCACCGAUCGCCCGUCGAUCGGGAAGGGGAGCCUUUUCAUCAGAGAUGUGCUAUGCAGAUAUACUGCUAUGAUGUCAAAGAAAGUUUCCUAAAAAGGGGUAUGCUAUAUGGAUAAAUGAAUAUGAUUGGUGGAUAUCAAGAGCAUCCAUAGCAACAUAGCAUAGCACAUCUCUGGUGGAAAAGCACCCAUACUCUAGCUUGACAAAAAACGAACGAACGGUAUAGCUGUACUGCAAAUGGUGCGUUUAAAGAGAUAGAGUCGGGGUUAGUAGAGCAGCAUUCCGAAACUUCGUUCUUCGUCAUCUAGAGUGACCCCUGUGGUCUUUGCGUCCGAGGCUACAUCCUACAAGUGCCUGGAUGCCAAAGACUUAAGUUAUUCCCCUGUUGAAAAAGAGUAAUUUUAAGCAGUUGAAGUAUAUGUUAUAUGGAAAAUUACUGGCUCUGUGAAUGAUUUUAUGUAGGUACAUGCUGAGUUGGGCCCAUCAGUUGUAGUGAUGUAUUCAAAGGUGAUGCUAAUCUUGAAGGAUUUUAUUUCUUAGCAUUUAGGUAAUGAUUCUUUUUGUAUAUAGUAUGUACAUUUCUGUAAUCGUGUACAGUCAUAUAACAUACUACCACAUUGCCCAUGCAUUUCCGUUUAGAUGUAGAUAUGAACUUCGGGAAAGACACAACCUUUGUUGAAUUAGUAUAGUAUGUAAUUGCAAUGGGACAAGUUUUUUUUAUUUAAUUAAACUAUGGUUUAAAA